AUGUCGCUUGUCAAGUACUUACUUCCCGCGUACUACCUCCGCCGGCCGAAGCGCCUCUUCGUCCUCUCGUUUCUCCUCAUCGCGGGGAUGUUCCUCCUCCUGCGCCGGCAGCACAAAGCGCGCCAAGUGAAGGCGCUCGCAGCGAGAGUGCAGGCGCUUCACAGCCAGAAGCAGAGCAUGGUGGCCGAGCUGGAAAAGACGCGUAGAGGAGCACAUGGGAGUGCCAAGGAGGGGGAAGAGGCGGGGGAGGAGGAGCAGUCGUUUCGCGUCGUACCUCCGCGCACCAAGACUGGGGCGAACCACUUUGGCGGGCUGGGGUUGACCAUCGUUGACUCGCUUGACUCGCUCUACCUCAUGGGGCUCACGAAGGAGUUUGAUGAGGCCAAGAGCUGGAUUCAGGAGAAUCUCUUCUUUGAGCGAGACUACGAUGCCAACGUCUUUGAGACCACCAUUCGCAUUCUGGGCGGGCUACUGAGUGCAUACGACCUGUCAGGCGACCCAAUGCUGCUCGCCAAAGCAAGGGAGCUCGCAGACAAGCUGCUGCCAGCCUUCUCCACUCCCACGGGCAUCCCCCUCGCCUUUGUCAACCUCGCCAGUGGCACCGCACGCUCGCACGGGUGGACCGGGCGCUCCGCAAUUCUGGCAGACCUUGGCUCCACACAGCUCGAGAUGGUGGUGCUGUCUCAGCGCACGGGCGAUCCCAAAUACGCCAACGCCUCGGAGCACGUCAUCCGUCAGAUCGCCAAGAUCUUUCCAUCCGACGGUCUGCUGCCAGUGCUCAUCAGCACCACCACCGGCAAGCCCACUUCUCGCCACAUCACAAUGGGGUCCAUGGGGGACAGUUUCUACGAGUAUUUACUCAAGAUGUGGGUGCAAGGCGGAGGCACACCCUAUGUUCAACGAUACAGGGACAUGUGGGAGAAAUCCAUGAGUGGAAUGAUGGCAAAGCUGAUUCACCAUUCCCCGGCUGCGAACACCACUACCGCCACUACCACCACCACUGCAACCAACACCAGCACCACCACCACUAGCAGCACCAGUGACAGCAGCAGCAGCAGCAGCAGCAGCAGCAGCAGCAGCAGCAGCAGCAGCAGUGCUGGCAUUAGCAGCAGCGGUGGCAGCAGCAGUGACAGCAGCAGCAGCAGCAGAGUGGCGUAUGUGGCGGAGAUGCACGCGGGGAAGGUAGAGCACAAGAUGGAGCACGUGACGUGCUUUGUGGCUGGCAUGCUGGUGCUGGGGGCUCAGACCGUGGCAGAGGGGAGUGAACACACCGAAGCUUACAUGGAGCUUGCAAAAGAUCUGGGGCACACGUGCCAUCUCUUCUACAGCACGUCACCCACGGGGCUCAGUGGGGAGGACUAUGCGUUUGGGGAGAAGGGCGUGCACAUGGAGGGGCGCAAGCACAACACAUUGAGGCCCGAGGCAGUGGAGGCGUGGAUGUACCUCUGGAGGGCCACGCACGACCCCAUCUACAGGCGUUGGGGUUGGGAGGCCUUCCAGGCCUUUCAGAAGCACUGCCGCGUGGAAAACGGCUUUGUGGGGCUGCUGGAUGCCUCUCAGAACCCUCCACAGCAGGACGACUUGCAGCAGAGCUUCUUUCUUGCCGAGACGCUCAAGUAUCUUUACCUCUUGUUCUCGCCCGAUGAUGUGCUGCCUCUCAACCAAUGGGUGUUCAAUACCGAGGCACACCCUCUCAAGAUUAUCCCAAGAGACCCGUCGCCCUUUUCGCUACCCACGUGCAUUUCGACGUGCAUUUUGCUCGACAACAUGCGUCACCCGUCGCACAGCGAUCGUUCGUCGCACGGCGACCGUUUCUGGCGGCGCUCGUGCGACUUCAGCGGGCUUAGAGAGCCGCUGGUCAUGCCGACCUGCAUGCCGCAAUCGCCGCCGCAUCCUGCGCAGCUGCACAAGUGGGCGGAUCGCGCCGUGUACGCGAUCUGCGUGGCGUUGCUUCUCGGAUCGCUGUUCUUGGUCCAUCACACCACGCGUCGCGAAGCGAAAUCGACAGGUGCCGAUCCGAUAAGCGCUGACUCGAUAAGGGCUAGCUUGUCCCUUUCCCCUAGUAGUAGCAGCAGCAUUACGAGCGGCGCGGGACAAUCGAACCGUCGCGCGGUAGCAUCUAUCUCCUACGAUGACGCGAAUUGCUCUAACGAUAGCUCACGCUUAACGAUAGCAGGCCGCAGGUAUUUAGAACACGACGUUGAUGCUGAUGCUUCGGCGGUUCCCGCGUGGCAGCCCAUCACGUGGGCUCCGGAGAAAGACAAGUACCUUCUGGCCACGUGUACACACGGCCACGUGGCGGACCGCCUGGUGUGCUUGCAGCGGUACGUGCUUGUAGCGGCGAUGCUGAAUCGCACUCUCGUCAUUCCUGAAGACGACGUGUGCGGCGAUGCGCGUCAUCCCGCGAAUCACGGAGACGCUACCAGUAGCAUGAUUAGUAGAAUUGCUAGUAUUGAUAGUGAUACUAGGACUAGUAAGCGCCGUCACCGUGACGUCGGUCCGCCGUCCGUUAAUUUCGCGCGGGUACUGGAUCUCGCAAAGUUGGAACAGUGCUUGUCCGGAGGCAGCAGCGGAAGCAGCAGCAGCGGCGGUCAGAACGCGAGGUCUGGCUCCAGUGCCGUGGAAGACGGAAGAGCGAAUUUUGCAAGGCGGCUGAGUAACGUGCCACUAUCUGAAACCAACGAAAACAGCGGCGGAGACAGCGGCGGGAACAGCGGGGGGAACGACGAGUGGGCGAUCAUGCCUCGCGUAAUGACAUUGUCUCGCUUCUUGCGGCUUCGACGAAUGAAGACCGUCCUCGUGGAUAGUCUCGUGUGCGGCCAUUCCGCUGGCAGCUGCUCUCUCCCCUCUCACUGCGCGUCCUCUCACCAUGAACUUCGCGAAAGUAAAUUGCACGAAGCCGAUGUAAUCCGAGUAACCCUCCCUCGUCGAACGGAUCGCAUACCACCCUUCGUUUCAAGCAUCUCCGACUUCCCUCGCGCAAUACUCACCGACGCGCCUCGAUCGUACCGCGCGUCGGUGCUCUCUCUCGGGGAUCUGCGCAACUUAAACGCGUCCGACCUUCCUAUCGGAGCAGACGUCUCUCAUCGCGUAUUUCAGCAAUUGCUUCUAACGAACCUUGACAGUAUCGAGCCUUCGACAAGCGUGAGAAUCAGUUGUGUGUUUCCGUUGCAGCCGUCUCGCGAAGUUGUGACUCUAGCGGAUUGGUACCGGCGGGAGUAUAUCGGAGGUGACUAUGCCUCGUUGCGCCUGGAACGGAGAGACUGCUUCAGCAAGCGGAGUCGAAGCAGCGCGGAUGAUUCGGAAGCAGCGUUAGCGAAGAGGGACGAGGUGCAAGCAACGAGUGGCGUCGAUACGGGGGUGGAUGGGACAGGAGAAUUUUUCGAAUCGGUAGUGGCCACGUGGAGAAAGCAGGUUGGCGGGUUAGAAGUUGGGCAGAAGGAGGGGCAUGAAAACGAAACCGAGCAGUCGGAGCAAGAAUAUUUGCCCCUUGCCGCAGUUGCCGCGUUAGUGGGAGACUCGUUAGAGUCUCAAGGCAUCCGAGUGCUGUUUCUUAGCAAAAAUGCCGAUCAAGAGUGUGCAGUGGAUGGAGCCCUAACUGCACUGCUGUCUGCGCGCGGCAUUACAGUCAUGCGUCUACAGUCUGUUAUCGGGUCCUUCAAUAAGGAACCCAGCGGUGCUGGUGGUGGUGAUUGCAAGGAUGGAGAUUGUGGGAAGGACAGCAACAAGAGAAGCGAGAACAGCAGCAGCAACAAGGUAGGCAGGAGCUAUGAUGGUGAUGAUGAGGGAGAGGAAGAUAAAGAAGGUGGCGGUAGCAGUGCAGCAGCUGUCAAGGAAGGGGGCGAGUUGACAGAGGCAGCAACAGAGGCAGACACAGAGGCAGAGGGAGAAGCAGCAGCAGUGUCUGCUGACGUGGCAGCAUCAGCAGAGCUCCUACUAGCUGCCAGUGCCCGCACUCUGCUUCUCUCCCCUGUCCACCGCUCUCCAUCCUUUUCUCCCUCCCUCUCUCCUCCUCCUCCUCCUCCUCCUCCUCCUCCUCCUCCUCCUCCUCCUCCUCCUCCUCCUCCUCCUCCUCCUCCUCCUCCUCCUCCUCCUACCUCCUCCCCCCCCUCCUCCCACCAUCCCCUCUCCCUCUCUCCCUCAGCCGUUCACAUUGUGAACCUGCGGCGGGCUAUGGGCAUGGCGUCAUGCUCUGACGCACUGCUAUGA